AUGCCAGAGCUUCGUUCAGCCGAGCGCUAUCGAACGAUUAUGCGAUUAAUUCAAACUCAACAAUUUGCAUCGGGAGUAUAUAUAGAACCAGAUAUACAGAGAGGUUAUUUGGGACCGUGUCUCUUAGCAGACUUAGCCUUUUUCGAUCAAGGGCAAGGCUUUAUGUCAGAUAGCUUACAUACAGUUUACGGUGGAGCUAUGAAAAAAUUAUUAUCACUUUGGUUCGAUCGUAAAUGGUGUACAAAAGAAAAACCGUGGACCAUUGAAUCAAAAAUAUCAGAUAUCAAUGAAAUUUUAAAAUCAUUUUGCUCGCCGUCAACAAGUGUUCGUAUACCAAGAGAUUUAAAAGUUCACAAUAAAUACAAAGCAAGUGAAUAUCGUUCCAUGCUGUUGAUUUUCUAUCCCAUUUUCCAAGAUAUUUUACCAAAUAAAUAUUAUGAUCAUCUUAAACUACUUGUUUUUGCGCUGCAUAUUGGGGAAAAUCGUGAGAUCGAAAAAAAAGAUUUAGUAACAAUGGACUUGUUAUUAAAAGAACACGUAAAACAAUUCGAUUUUUUUUAUGGUGAACGCCAUUGCGUCAACACAAUCCAUUCCAUUGUCCAUUGUGCCGAGACUGUUCGUGACUACGGCCCUUUGCAAUGUUAUUCAACAUUUAAUUAUGAGUCGAUACUGGGAGCAAUCACAUCAACAAUCCAUGGCAGUCGAAAACAGGAUCGAGAAAUAUUCAAUAACAUGGAGAUGUUACGACAGUCUUCUUAUGUGGCAUUAGAAGAUAGCCAUGAGUCGCCAUUGUAUGAAUAUAUGUUAAAGUUAACUCGAAAAGGCUAUCGUAAGCCAUAUUUAACGGGUACAUUUACAACAACGAAGCCGGUUAAAUUAAAACAAGGCGAAAAACGUUAUUUACAAAAGAUCUAUUUAAAUAAAAGUUUUCAAGUGUAUUAUCGUUGUGUUUAUGAAAAUAUACAAUACUCAUCCUGUCAUUGGAAACAAUCAAAAUUCGAUACCGCUAUUAUAUUUCGUGAGAGAAACACAGAUAAAUUAAAAUUUGCCAUUAUUGAUAAAUUCAUUGUUUGUGAACAACCAGAAAAACAAUUGUUUGUUCAAAUAUAUAAACUAGAAAAUGAAAUCUGUGAUUCUCUAGUGGUUAAUGAAAUUACAGUUGAAAAUUCCAACACAGCUAUUGGAAAGAUAAAUUUCACAAUUCCAAUACAGAUAUCAUCAACACAAAUUAUUGAAAAAGUAUUUUUUCUUCGUCGAAAAGAAAAAUUUAUGUUCAUUCGUUUGUCAAAUCAAUCUGAAUCUUCUUAA